UGAGUUGGUCUGUUUGCUGAACCACUAUGGCCGAGACUCUUUCCUCACCUGCCGAGGCGCCGACGGCGACCAAGGGUAUCCAGUUAAUUGAUGGCAGUGGCAAGCCGUUCCCAGCACUUGAUAUAGAUGGCUUGAUGGGAAUGGCGGGGUUUAAGAAUAUAGAAGAGCGCAUGAAGAAUCUGCCUAAUUUCGUGGCUAGAGAGGAUGACGUAUGGGUGUGUGCUUCUCCUAAAUGCGGCACCCACUGGGUUUGGGAGGUGGUUUCAAUGAUCCUUGAAGGCAAGGCUGAGACUAUACAAGCAGAGAAAGAAAACCUCUUCUUAGAGAUGAAAGACCUAGAAGAUUUGGACAAACAACUAUCUCCUCGAGUCUUAAACACUCACUUCCCUCUGAAAUGGAUCCCCACUGACGUGUUCAAUAAACGAUCUAAGCUCAUUUUGGUGAUUCGAAACCCAAAGGAUGCCUAUGUUUCAGGAUACCACCAUUAUUACGGCUCCAAGGGGUAUUAUGACGGCAGCUGGAACGACUUUUUUGAACUCUUACCACAAUUUGCCAUGUAUGAAAAUCAUUAUCUUAAUUGGUUCGGAUUCAACAAAACAUUUUGGGAAUUUUCGAAAGAUCACAAGGAUACUGUCCUCGUCGUCAAGUAUGAAGAUAUGUUGAAGGAUCAAGUGGGCCAUGUCCGAAAGAUUGCUGAUUUUCUCGGAAAGCCUAUUGAGCAGUCUCUCUGUGAAGCCAUUGCAGAGAAAUGCAGCUUUAAGAACAUGAAGAAAGACAAACGGAGCCUCCCAAUGGCCGGGCCAGAAGGGGAAAAGGAUAAAGAGCCAGAAAAACGGGUAUGGAAGGAAAAUGCCGUGGGAAUGUACAGGAAAGGAAAAGCCGGAGACUGGAAAAAUCACUUCACUGUUGCACAAAACGAAAGAUUCGAUGCGCUUUAUGAAGAGCAAAUGUCAGGAUGCGACCUUUCCAUUGUUUUUGAUAUAUGAUUAUUUGCUUGUGAGGUACAUUGAUGGUGCAGGCCGGUUAAACAGAUAGAUGAGGACAAUUGAGGACAAUGAUGUACGACGAGAAUUUAAAGAACGAAAGAAGUGAUGAUGGA